AUGGCCCUCCUUCAGCCCAUCAUGGCACCAACUACACGGCACAAUGACGAAAAGUUGAUACCCAGAGUUGUCGCCGCGGCUACCGCCACCGCACGGCGGAGGCUGACUCUCCCGGAGCGGAUCCCCCGCGGUGCGUGGGACUCACACAUGCACGUCGUCGACCCGGCCGCCUACCCCUUGGCAAAGGAUGCCGUGUACUGCCCCAAGACGCACCGCCUCGACCACGCCCUCGCUUUCGAGUCCUCCGUCGGCAUCGACAACAUCGUCCUCGUGCAGCCCUCCAUCUACGGCAACGACAACACCUGCCUCCUCGACGCUUUGCGUGCCCUCGGUCCCCGCCGCGGCAGGGCGGUGGUGGCUUUCGAACCCGGCAGCCUGUCUCAGAGCACACUGGCAGAGUGGCACAGGCUUGGUGUAAGAGGCGUCCGGAUCAACCUCUCCUCGGCGGGCAAAUCUCUCAACGCCAUGGAGCUCGACUCCUUACUCCGCCGGUAUGCCCACGACUGCAAGCCUCUGGACUGGGUGAUUCAGGUAUACAUGCCCAUGUCCAUGAUCGAGCUUCUCGAGCCCAUCGUCCCGACACUCGGCGUGCGCGUCUGCAUCGAUCACCUCGGACAUCCCAGCAUCAAGGACAUGCCGUCACACAAUCCAUACGACAUGAAGGGAUUCAAGUCCCUGGCCAAGCUGCUCCGAGCCGGAAACACGUAUGUCAAGUUAUCGGCGCCGUACCGGUUGAGUUCCAAGGCCGACCAUAGUGAUUUGGAACCGAUUGCGCGAGAGGUGCUUCACCUCCGGGGCAAGGACAGAGUCAUCUUUGCGACGGACUGGCCCCAUACUCGGUUCGAGGGUUUAGAUAUCCGGCCCUGGAUGGAGACGGUGCUCGACUGGUGCGCGAAGGACGAUGUUCUGGUUGACAGGCUGUUCAGGGGUAACGCGGAGGAUCUAUGGAGUGCCCGUCGCAGCAGAUGA